AUGGACCACAACAAGGAAAACAAGGCAGCUGAUUGGUUGGAUUCAUGUUUCAAGGAAACAUUGCUGCCACAAUCACCAUGGAAACAGGUCUCUGAAAAUAUCUGUAAGACACUGGCAAAGAAGGUCUCUAAUCAGUUCAAGCAUGAGAAGCGCAAGGAAGUUAUAUUGCAGACCUUAGGUGAACCCUUCGCUAAACAGUACUUCCCUGAUGAGCUGCCUAAUGCUAAUAUUCUGGCUCCUCCACACACUAGUGUUGAAGAGAGGAGGCAACUAGAAGUAGAGGCCCACUCUUGGUUGUAUAACCAGGUUAUCAAGAUAGGCAAGGGGCAAGGCUGUUACAGAAUUCCACCAGGGGCUAACAGAGAUGGUUUGAGUGAAGAAAUGAAGGAGUUCCUGUCACACACCUAUUUGGUAAUGCAUGAUGGCAUGGACAGGGAACUACAUAAACUAGAGCAAGCAGCAGUUAAAAAGAAGCGUCAUGAAAUACAGGAAGAGAAGGAGCAUAAACGUAAACGUGAGAUAGCAAGACUGGAAACAUGGCCACUUCGACGAAGACAAUCGUCACUUCUCUCUGCCCAGAGUUCAAUGGCAUCAGUUCCAACCUCAGCUAAGAUAAAAGGUGUUAUAAAUGAACAUGGGACCAGUGAGCCAGUAUUCUGUAGCGCAAUGAGUGAGGCAAUAGGGGAGUCUGUGAUUGAUAUAUUGAAGAAAGAUCCUCGUAGAUUUGACGAGGUCACUGCAAGACUUCAUGGAAAGCAACUCCCGGAGACUCUACGCUCGUACAUGUGGGAUGACGUUUUAUUAAAGGAAGAGCGAAGCCGAAUGAAAGAUGCGAAUACUGAGACAUUGGUGCGAGAGAGGUUUGGUAAAGGUGUUGCAAGAGGAGUCAGUGAUUUGAAGAUCAAUAGGGCGACACAAUCUCCCAUAGCUGGACUUAUUGAGAAUGCUGUCAUUGAGACAUAUGAGAAAACAGCGAGUAUGGAACCUUACCAGAGUGCCACACACAUGAAAGAAGCUGUGAGAGUACUGAAUAUUCUCUACACAUAUGAUAGAAGUUAUGAACCAUACCUCAUCUAUUGGUUAUUACUGCUACAAAUAGCCAACAAAAAUACAAGAGAUGCAGCUGAGCAUGUAUAUGACCUGGCCAUGAAGUUAGACCUCCUGCAAAAGAACUGUUUCCCUAGCUGGCCUGAAGUGUUUGAAACUGCGGAGAAAACACUGACGCAACUCCAGAGUGUAGACAGUGAAUUCUAUAAUCAUUUGAAAGAUAUCGCCCAGAAGAAUGUGCAGUCAAAUCCUAAGGAGUUCAUGGUUCAAUUACUUCACCAGGAGAAGCUGCAGAAAACAGCAACAACUGAUGCUCCCUCGCGUGAGCUGCUGGCUGAUCCAAUCAUAUUCCUUCGUAAAUGGAUCGGGGAAGGCUUUGUAGGCAUAUUGGACAUUCAGGCAGCUAUAAUUGUAUGGGACCAGUGUAUUAUGCAAAAGUGGAACCCAAAGGUGCUACAGGACUUUGCCAUAGCCCUACUAAUGCUACUGAGAGUAUACUUCAUUGAGGCAACAGAUUACCCCAAAAUGAGAAAGAUAUUCCUGGAAGGGCCAUGUAGUUUAUAUACAAUGGACAUUCUAAAAGCUUGGGUACAUUUACAACAUGGUUGCGAUCCCACAGAGGUGCCAUCUAUGAACAGACUUACACAACUAAGGUCUAAUCAGACUCCAUCCAGAGUCAGUCGUAGGACUGCUAGACCUGGUAGUAUUGCCUCUGUGUCUCUUAGCCCUAAUGGACGAGUCCUGGAACCAAUAGGAGUGAAGAACAUCUCUCUUAAGUUGAUUGUUCCACCUGACAGCAUUAAGAAGCACCCCUGGAUGGCAACGGUCAACCCCAAACAUCUGCAACUAGAUGCUGUGUUGCAUUUUGGGAGUGUUGAGAUUCGCAGGGAAGACUUCAAGGUUGAACCUGAUCUUAACAAUGACAACACUGUGAAAUAUGGCGGUCGGGAAUUCACCAUAACAUUCCCACCAGAGGAAGGAUUUGUGUACAAUGAUAUCAACCCAUCAAACUAUGAUCUGGAAUUUGAAAUGGGAGGUUACCCAUACAUCAUAUUUCAGCUACUAUAUAAAAGUGCAGAUUUGAGAACAGCCAUAGGUUGGUCCAGGGUGCCAUUAUAUAGAUGGGAGUCUGACUGGAAGAUGCAGCUUGGGCAAUACUCUUAUAGUGUGUUAGCAGGAGACUUGCCAGGCUCUAGCUCUACACAACCCACAGAUCUUAUUGGUCCAGACUGUGAACUAAGUGUGUUGGUUUAUGACCCCAAAAGAGGUACACCAACUCCCAGAAACAAUGAACCUACCUCUCCUCGUGUAGCCAAUCAAACACCAGCCAACAAAACACGAGUCCAUAAAACACCAGUGAAACCAGCCAUUAUUACACCAAGCAAGCAAUCACCAGCCCAGGGUAAAGUGAGAACUCCAAGUCCCUUUGAUGGAGAAGUCCAUGAUACCUUUGUCAAUCAUGCUCGUAGGGUAGGAGCUGAAGUAAACCCUCCCCCGAGCACAUUUGAACAGGGCUUUGAUCUCUAUAUAGAUGAUGUACACUUCAUACCUGACAACGCUACAAUUAUAAAGGUCACAGGGAGAUUCCUGAGGACAGGGGAGGUAUCAGGUAUCCCAGACAUCUCAGCUUACCCACAGUUAAAGAGUCUGGUAAGGUCACCCAGGUUCAAUUACAGAAUGGGGGUAAAUGAGGAUGAUAAACAGAUGGAAGCUGGGACAUUAUUAGUGCUUCGUGUCUACACUUUGGAUAGAGAAGAUGGAGACCUGGUUGUCAUAGGAACUUGCUUAGUUGAAGUAUUCACAAAAAAGGGUGAUUUACGUGUGGGCGGUCACCAGGUGGCGCUGCGACAUGGCAUGCCAAGUGACAAGGGUGGUGUUGCUGCUCUGAAUGGACGCUCUAUGGACAAUAGUCCAAAGAUCCCUGGCUGUUCAAUACUAUUCAGACUUCUGCCUCAUUCACAGACACCAGCCCCUCAGCCUUCAUACAACGGUGGCUAUUACAACAGUAACAAGGCUAUACCCAACAAUUCAGAGUUAAUUGUAAUGGAGGGGAUUAAGAAACAGUUAGAGUACAAAGUCUCUGUACAAGACAUGGCAAGGGAGCUGAUGGCCAUAGAAACUGAAGAGGAUCCAGAAACUAUCAGCGACAGUGAUCUCAUGGAAUGGUACAAACAAAGAUUAGAUGCUAGUGUACAACUGCCCUCUGGGCAAGCAGCAGGGAACCUCACCAUACAGAAGAUGGUGACUUAUGACCAGUCAGUUGGGGCAUGUAUUGAGAUCAGAAAGGGAACUGGAUUCUCAGUUUCUGAGCCUAUCACCUGUUUAGCCAAGAUUCUUGAAGGAGAUGGCGCCACUAGUUCUGACAUCACCUGGAUAACGCAGGGUCUUGAUCCAUCGUCAACCAACAAAGAUCCAAUAUGGACUGGACCAUUAAUGACCAUAACACCAGAGUACAACCAAUUUACUGUGGUUGCCGUGAAAGUGAAAUCUGGGAACAAACAAAUUGGUUGGACGGCUUUUCCGUUAUUUGACGGUACUGCCAUAUUUGGAGGAGAAAUAGUAACACAGGUGUUCAGUGGAAAAAAAAUACCAAGUAAGGUCAUUGACAGUCUAAAGACUAUGCCAGCCAAUGAGGUUUUAACGAGUAAAAUUAAUAAAAGUGGUAAACUGGGUAAUGCGAAACUGUCAGUGGCAUUAUGGGAUGGACACUUUACGGAGGAGGAUCUUCCCAUCAACCCCCUUCCACUUAUAGAGUGGUGACAUCUAUAGACAGUUGGAGGAUACUGAGUGCCAAAUUGUUCACACGAAUGAACAGAUGUGUGACAGAUUGAAGUAAUAUUAAUGACUCAUGUAGAUGGCAGAUCACUACUUGUCAACUGUUGGCAGUAUUCAAAACCUGUCUCAUGGGUUUGUGUGUAAAUCAUGCAAAAUCAAAAGUUCAAUUGCGCUUUAUAUCAAUUUGUCUUCUUAUAAUUCUUUACUGACAUGUUGAGCAAUUAAAGUCAAGUCUGUCCACCCAAGUGGGGAUUGAAACAUGUGACCUUUGAUGACUUUUAGUUAGUUAGUCAUUAAACAGUAUAACAUUAACUGUUCAGGUAGUUCAUAAUUGUAAAUAUUGUACAUCACAAUGUAUAUUUAUUUGUACAGAAGUUCACCAUAAUUUUGUUUUCCGACAUCAACUUUUGACAUGUAGAUAGUAACACCAUCUCUUUGACAAGGAUGUAUCUUACUGAUACAAUUAAUUGAAUUAAUUGAAUAGAAACUUGAUACCUAUUGUAGAGAUUAAUAGUGGGUAUUUAAUAAAGUAUACAUGAUGAACC